AUGGCCACCCUCGACAGCCUCCCAGUGGACGCCGCCGAGUUCCGUUCGCACACACUCGCCUCCCAAGUCGAAGCCACACCCACGGUCAAGAACGACGCCCGGAUCCAAUUCCAAGGCGGCGCUGGUCAGCAGGGUAUGUACGCAUCUCGAACGUCUGACACAGCGAGCGGACGCAUACGACGAAUAGCGCGGGUCGUCCAUUCAUGUACUUCCCGGUCUGGUCCAUCGAAUACUAUCCGCUCAUCGACCCAUCAAUCCCUCUAG